AUGAGAGCGGACGUGGAGGACCCAGGGUGGGAGGAUGAGCCCAGGAGCCGGCGCUCGUCUUCCGGCGGGUCUUCAUCGUCCUCCCUGGGCGGCGCCUUCAACGUCAAGACCCUGACCCCGUACCUCACGCACGGCACCGCGCGGACCCUGAACGGUCUCGCGGCUCUCCUGGUGCUGGCGGGGCUGAUCUUGGUGGCGCAGGUGAGCGCCCCGCAGAUCGGGUGGGCGGGCGGGCGGGUCGGAUCGCGGGGGGUGGCGGUGCUCGACAUCGCCGCGGACACGGGCGCGACCGGCGCGGCGUCGCGGGCAUCGUCGAUCAAAAACAACGACGAGGGCUCCACCAAACGCCCAUCAGGACGGACGUGGACGUUCAAAGAGAAGACGGGAGACGGCCUGAACGUCCCCGAGCGCCCGAAGAAGAACAACACCCCGUCGCUCAAGACCAGCGGGGCGCACGACGCGUGGGGACGCGAGUUCUACGCCGACGACUCCCCCGCCAACCUCCUCGCCGCCCUCGUGGCGAAGACGGACGCGACGGACGGCGACGAGUGGUCGCAGAUCCCGUCGGUGCGGAGGCAACUCGAAGCCUUCGCCGCCGUCUGCGGGGAAGACAUGCUCCGAAAGGGCGACGACGGGAGGACGUUCAUCAAGGCUCUAGCGGAGUAUACACAGCUGUACGAGGAGCUCUGGCGGGGUACCGGCGGGAACGGCACGGGCGCUCAUCGGCCGCGGGUGCUCAUCGUUCGAGACUUCCAGGCGCGUCGGGGGGUGGGCCUGGGUCACCAGCAGGAGUACCUCGCGCGGUGGCUCGUGUUCGGCAUGGCGACGCGACGCGCGGUGUUCUUCCAGUUCUGCGCGGAGGAUGGCGAGCCGUGGGAGGAGCUUCACCCGAGCGCGUUCAAUCCGCCCCCGCCCCCGUGCGACGCGGGGGAUGGAUAUUUCGACCUCGGCGAUUAUUUCCGUCUGAUGGGCGGGAUCGACGUUCGUUGGAACGCGAGCACCGCGGCGAGGCUGCGCGCGGUGGAUACGGCGGGGACGCACGCGGGUUUGACCGUCGUCGGGGCGUGUAACGAUCGCGAGGGACACGCGGCGCGCGCUGAUUGGCGAAUGGAGGACCGAAUUGGCGGCGCCGUCGCCUCCAACCGAAAUACCGACCGAAAUACCACCGCGCGGAUGUUCACGUGCGACUGCUGCGAAUCCUGCGACCUGGCGGCCGAGUCGCACGCCGGAAACCUGCCGACGCGGUACGUGGACAGGUUCAAGAGGUUUUGGAGCGACGAGCGGGAGCAGGCGGCCCACCCGGUGAUCGCGUUUGAGUACCGGAGCGAGUGCGCCGCUCGCCGGAGAGAGAUGACCCACCGCGACGACCCGGCGCAUUCGUGGUACACGCGGGAGAUGCCGACGAUACUGAAACACCUCGCGUCGCACCGUCCGGACGGCCUAAUUCCGGAGGACUGGGACGCCGACGUCCUGGACGGCGAGUCACGCGGCGUCGCGAGUGAAGACGGUUUUAGUCACGGUCCGCUGGAGUUCCAAUCCGUCGGCGUGGAGCGCUCGCGGUGGGGACACUGCGCCCGGUUCGCGAUGACCACGCCGUCCCCAGCCGUGCAAACCGCGUCGGUACCGACGCUGCGGAAGCUCACGGGGCUGGGGGAACACCGGCCGCUGGUCGGCUUUCACGCGCGGACGCUCGCAGUGGACGUGCCCGCGUGCAUGCCGUCGACGACUGAAAAAUCGUGGAUAGCCGUGGACGCCGUCUUUGCUCGCGACGUCGCCGGCGGUGCGUCGCCGGAGACGUGCAGGCAGACGCCGUACGCGUGCCACGGUGGGCUCAUGUUCUGGCCGGACGUCUUCGGCCAGCUGUCGGGUUUCUUCGACUGCGCCAAGAAGGUGGCGUCGCUCGGGUUGCCGUUGACGUCGCUGGAGACGGACGGGCGGUACACGAGCAUCCGGACCGACACCGGCGACCUAGACGUGCACGAACCUGCCCGGGUCUUCGCCUCGACGGACUCCGCGGUGGUCCACGAGUUACUCGACGACGACGACGACGACGUGGUGGUCUUCGGAAACGCGUCGUCGCUCGUCGCGCCCACGUGGAACGGCUUCCCCUCCGUAGACGAGACGGCUUCGUCUGACGCGAGACGCGCCAGCUGGCUCAAGGCUGCGGUGGACUUCUACCUGCUCUCCCUCACGGACGUCAUCGUCGCCCCGACGCGAAGCUCGUUUGGCGACGGCGCCGCGCGCAGAGGGUUCCCGUUCAAAGCCGUGUUGGGUCAGCUCCGGGAUGCGUGCGACCUCAUAACGCACCUGGCGCACGAACCGAACGAGCGCGCAAAGGGGACCGGGGCGGACGCGCUGUUCGGGUUGGAGCAGUGCUUCAAGGGGCUGCGCGUGUGGGGGUUGGACCUCAAGGGUGAUAAUUACGACAACGCGGUUGACGCGCGGAGGGCGCUUUCAAAACUGAACAGUUUGGGCGAGUUUCGAAGAGACAACGUCACCGGUCACGAGAAGUUCCUUUGA